UUCUGGGUAGAGCCGUAGGACUAAAACUUAGGGUAGAGGUCAGAACCAGACCAGGUGGGCUGCCUCUCAGUUAAAAGGCGAUGGCUCGGCCCUAAAGAAGAUUUCUGAUCUCCUUCUACCACUUGUAUGAUGACCCCAGAGAAAACUUGCUUAACCUCUUUGAACCUCAUUUUUUUUCAUUUUCCAACUGUCAAGGGUUUUGUGAGGAACCAAUGAAGUAAUGGACGGAUGUGUUUCUGUAGUUGAAGUAAGAGGUUUUACAAAAUAUGUGAUGAUAGUUAUUUUUAUAAUUACAUCAAGCCAUGUGAAUGAGUAAGAUCUUGGAGGAAGACAGCAGAGACAGAUCAGAGAUCCCAGGGUUAAAACUUGGAGGAAUUUCACAGUGUAACAUCCAAAAGAGGAGUCCCUGAUGGAGGCAGAAGUAAACUUGAGGAGGUAUACCUGGAUUCUAUUCCUGGCUCUCCUUUCUGAUGGUAUGAACUUAAGCAAGUAAAUUGACUUCUCUGAGCCUCAGUUCCCUCAACUGUGAAAUAGGAGUGACAGUGCCUUCUUCAGCUUGUUGUGAGAAGUUAAAGGUUGUUGGCAUGUGGAAAGUAGGCGAGACCAGUGUCCCAGAGAGACUCAUUUUAAGGAGCAGAUUGAUACGGUGGAUAGACAGGACAGGAAGAUGCCACCCAAGCGUAUAACUAAGAGAAGGUCACCCCCCGAAGAUGCCCUCCCCAAAAGCAAGAAGGUGAAGGACCCUGGUAACCAGGCAGUGAGGGUCGUUGCCUCCCGCCGCGUUCCAGGCGCCCGCUCCUGCCAAGGUGCCUGCGGGCCAAGCCCUCCUGACCAGAAAGCCCGACCAGUCUCACAUAGGUCCCACAACACAGAACCGGGUUUGGUGCUGACGCUGGGCCAGGGCGACGUGGGCCAGCUGGGGCUGGGCGAGAAUGUGAUGGAGAGGAAGAAGCCAGCCCUGGUGCCCAUUCUAGAGGACAUCGUGCAAGCUGAGGCUGGGGGCAUGCACACUGUGUGUCUAAGCAAAAGUGGCCAGGUCUACUCCUUCGGCUGCAAUGAUGAGGGUGCCCUGGGAAGGGACACAUCAGUGGAGGGCUCAGAGAUGGUCCCUGGGAAAGUGGAACUGCAAGAGAAGGUGGUACAGGUGUCAGCAGGAGACAGUCACACAGCGGCCCUCACCGAGGAUGGCCGUGUCUUCCUUUGGGGCUCCUUCCGGGACAAUAAUGGUGUGAUCGGGCUCUUGGAGCCCAUGAAAAAGAGCAUGGUGCCUGUGCAGGUGCAGCUGAGUACGCCCGUGGUGAAGGUGGCCUCAGGAAACGACCACUUGGUGAUGCUGACAGUUGAUGGCGACCUCUGUACUUUGGGCUGCGGGGAGCAGGGCCAACUGGGCCGCGUGCCUGAAUUAUUUGCUAAUCGUGGUGGCCGGCAGGGCCUCGAACGACUCCUGGUCCCCAAGUGUGUGAUGCUGAAAUCCAGGGGAAGCCGGGGCCAUGUCAGAUUCCAGGAUGCCUUCUGUGGUGCCUACUUCACCUUUGCCAUCUCCUCUGAGGGCCAUGUAUAUGGCUUUGGCCUCUCCAACUACCAUCAGCUAGGAACCCCAGGCACAGAAUCUUGCUUUGUACCUCAGAACCUGACAUCCUUCAAGAACUCCACAAAGUCCUGGGUGGGCUUCUCUGGUGGCCAGCACCAUACAGUCUGCAUGGAUUCAGAAGGAAGAGCAUACAGCCUGGGCCGGGCUGAGUAUGGGCGGCUGGGCCUUGGGGAAGGUGCCGAGGAGAAGAGCGUACCCACCCUCAUCUCCAGGCUGCCCGCCGUCUCCUCAGUGGCUUGUGGGGCCUCUGUGGGAUAUGCUGUGACCAAGGAUGGUCGUGUUUUUGCCUGGGGCAUGGGCACCAACUACCAGCUGGGCACAGGACAGGAAGAGGAUGUCUGGAGCCCCGUGGAGAUGACAGGCAAACAGUUGGAGAACCGUGUGGUCUUAUCUGUGUCCAGCGGGGGCCAGCACACAGUCUUACUAGUCAAGGACAAGGAACAGAGUUGAUGAAGCGUCUGAGGGCCUGGUUUCCGGCCCCCCCACCUCCCUCCUGGAACAACGAAGCCAUGAUGUCUACAUAUUCCAGCAGGCCUCUUCUAGCUCCAAGUACUCUGUCAUCUCCUGCCUUUUUCCCAUCAGCAGAACAGAAUGCUUCUCUUUUUUUUCCCUCCUUUCCCGGAAUCAUCCUGGGACCUACAGGAUGAGGGUGGGAUAGAUGGAAGAGGGGAGGGGGGUUUAAUCAGAAGGAACAUUGCUGACCCCACAGCUAUGUGGUUAGACCUUUCUCCCUCAUCCCUAUUUCCCAUGGUCCUGGCUGACCCUGGUUUUGCCUAUCAAAAACCAAAACUUCCUCUCCUGCGUGUUUGGUGCCCAUACUCUGAGAAGUCGGGGCUCUGCCAAGCCCUGCUCUAGUCACGUGCCACUCUUCCUGUCCUUCACAACCCACAGACAGACAAAUGGUACCGUCCUGAGACCCAGCUGUCAUGGACCUACGCCUGGGGAAACUGGAGAAGGGGCAGGGCUACCCAGCCAUGGGCAACCCCAAGCCAAAUAUUUGGCCCUGAACAGGUGCCCAUGGGGCAAAAAGAAAAACAGUGAUCCUCCGCUUGAUCAAGAAAAAAGCCAGUCAGCCUUUCUCCCAGAAGCACAAAGCAUUCUGCCCUUCAGGCCUUGUCUGCCCACCCAUCCAACCUGCCUCACCUGCAAGCCAAGGGCCUGAAAUCCAGAAAGGAAGCUAUGCCUGCAGGGCGGGACCUCGGGGGAGAGGGGAAGGAGGGCUUUAUAAGCAAACUUACAGCAAUAUUGAGAGUGAAGGGAGGGCAGGGAAGAGGGUUGGAGGGGCAGAGACUGGUCCCCAGAAAGGGAAGCAGUAGCUUGUACAGAGGCUGAAAAAAUAGAAGAGAAUAUUGAUUUUUUUUUAAUGUAAAGUAUUUUGGAGGGGAGAGUGAAAUCUUUUAACACUUUGAAUAAAUUUAGAGUUUUAUAAAACAGGCCACUUGUUUUCUACAUGCUCCCUGCUUUUUUAAGGGAGCACCUGCUGUGUUGGGAUGGGCAGAAUAACCCCAUGCCUGUAGCCCUGGUGAAGACUAGGGCUUCAGUGAUGUCAAGAGGUCCUGGUGUGUGCCAGUCAGCUGGGGUUUUUUUUUGUUUGUUUUUUUGUUUUUUGUAUGGAACAGUGGCUGUUCUAGACAAAUAAAAAAAAAGUUGAUUGAUUUUUGUUAGGUAUUUAUGUUUCAGGAAUCACUGGAUUUUUAAAAAAAUUAUACUGUAUAUUGUGUGAGACAUGGGAUGGAUCUUUUAAUAUCCUAAUCCCAAACCGAGAUUUUUGAGUACAGUACAUCUCUAGAAAUACUUAUGCUAAGUUUAAUGAUGUACUGUAUCAUUUCAAAAGCUAGUAUAAAUGAUUAAACAUGAUUAACUGCACAGUAACAACUUAAUGCAUAAUGAUGUAGAUUUUCACAGGCAUUUGAGCAACCAAAUCAUAUAGAGCUGACCUGUCCAGUAUGGUGGUCAGUACCUACAUGUGGCUGUUUACAUUUAAUUUAAAUUUGUAAAAAUGUAAAAUGGACUUCCUCGGCUGCACUAGCCACAUUUCAAGUCCUCAGUAGUCAGAAGUGUCUAGCGCCUAUGGUUCUGGGCUAUGCAAAUACAGAAAUUUAUAGAACAUUUCCAUAACUGCAGAAAGUUACAGUGAACAGUGCUGAUAUAGGAGGUUUGUAUAUUAGAGCAGGAAAGUUUUACUAGCACCAGGAGGAUUCUUCCAUAUCAGUGACUCUUGGAAAAAUGAAUAUGAUGUAAAAUAACUUAAAAUGUAUUCUGUGAUUGUUUUUUUUCCUUGAACUUUUAGUUUUGAUGCAUGUACUAUCCUGAUUAGAAAUUGACUUCUUAGAAGGGAAAAAUUACACUUUUGAUUUUAGUAUUUUCUUUGUGAAGAAGCACCUGUGUGUCUGCUCUUCCCACGCCCACUCCGCCCAAAAAAGUCCCGUUGGAUUAGAUUUACUGAAGUUUUCCCUUUUGACAAUAUAGCAGGUUGAAAGUGCCCUAUCCUUAAUAACAGCUCUUGUGGAUUGGGACUUAAAGGGGCCAGGCAUUGUGCCGAGCACUUUGCAUACAAUAAUAGCUCAUUUGAUCGCCUUGUGAAGUGGGAAUUGCUGUCCCUCAGGAAAAAGUCCCUGAGAGUUCAAGUGUCUAGCUUGAGGCCAAGCUACCAAGUGGCACAGACUAGGCUAGAAUUUAAAUCAGCCUCCACCCGAGCCCAGAACCUCAGUUUCUUUUCCUUGUAUUGAACAUAAGAGUUAUAAAGCUCUCUGUAGGUGCUUUACAUAUGUUAGAACAGUUUCAGGCACAUAGCAAAGGCCCCACAAGCCUCUGCUGUUAUGACCGUUGAACAUUUUAAAGUUCCCUGUAGUUAAUAAUUGCCUUGUUUUUCACAUGCUUAAUUUUUUGGUGUAAGUAUCAUUUAUUCGGUGUUCAUAUCGCUAUCAGAAGUGUAAAUCCCCUUUUCUGUGUUCAAACACAUCAGGUAUUCUCAAUUUUACCUUUUCUCCCUCCUCCAACCUGAAUUGGUUACCCCAAAACAAAUGUAAUCACCCCAUAUGGCUCAGCUAUAAAUAAUAUUUGCAAAGUCGUAAUAAUGUAAAUGUUAAGUGUUUUGACAAAUUA